AUGGGUGGCACAUUCUUUACGAGCUGGGAGCUAUGGCAGCAGAUGACAUUUGUUUUGGCUUGUGCCAUUUGCGUCGUCAUCUUUGCUGGUCUCUGCAAGCUCACGUGGCAAAGUAGAUAUAUGAAGAAGCAGGAGGUUCUCGAUGAGGAGAAACGUGCGAGGUUGCUUGAGAUGCGCAAGACUGGUCUAUCAACCAAGAGGACCGGUGAGAUUCCCUUUGGCGUCCGAGCCACACAGGCUGGAAUCGAGGUUGAAGGCAUCUGGGUGUCGAGGCCGUCGACCCCCAACCCUAACGCCAGCUCUACCGCCCUCAACAACCCUGCAUCCAUCGGCGUCACCCCCAACCCUCUCGCCAAGAACAAGUCACUCGACCCCAAGUCGGCAUCUGGUCCGGGAGGUAUCCGGAUGCCUUCAGGCUACGUGUCGCCGGCCGCCAAGUCGCCGACGUCUCCAGGCCUCCUGGACGGCCCCCCCGACCUGAGCAGGAACAAAUCGACUCAUCAGCGAAGCGACAGCGGCCUCAACAGCGAUGCCCUCCGCAUGCUGGAAGGUAAGCCGCCUCGCCAGCUCACCAGCAACACGACCUACGUGCCCAGGUCUUCGGCCCCGGAGCAGCGCUCCAAAUCCCAGUCGCGCCAGCAGGGACGGUCACACUCCCGCCAGCGCGGCUCUGACUCGUCCAACGGUGACGCCUCGGGUGCCGAGACUCCUAGCCCGACUAGGGGACAAUACAUGUACGCGGCAUCAGCGGGACCGUCACGCAACGCAUCGGCCGUGAACCUCUCGAGCUACGCCGCCAGCUCCUCGGGACACCCGACGAUCCCCAACUUCCCGCUAUCUUCACCGGACCGGGAGCCCUGGACCUCAGGCUACGCUGCCAGCGAAACCCAGCUGCCGCUGCUGUCAAACGCAGACGCUAUCUCGAUGCCGGAGCCAACAUUUGGUCCCGGUGACGCCCAUUACAGCAACAAGCAGCGGCCUGGUCAACAGAAGAGGUAA